UGUGUGUAAACGAGCCUUGUACUUUUUAUGGUUAUAGACGACUAUCGAUUUCAUGUGCACGCCUGUUCCUCAACAACCGUUACUGAUUUCUAUGUGGGAAUCCGAGCUUUUCACUUCCAAGCUGUGCUGAUUUGUCCUGGACUUGGAGAUGGUGGACAAGAGUCCGACUGUUUCUGUUAAGGGUCUCAUAAGUAAAGUCCUUGAAGAUCACAGGAGCAGAACUGAUCCUCCUCUAUUACUGAAGAAUGGCUCUCAGUUUAAGAAGAACCUGGAAGUUAUUAUAUCUCAGAAGCAGCCACCUGAGUCCAUCUGUUGUUCAAAUGCAGGACAGACUAGACACAAGGCUUGUGUGAAUAAUGUGCCUUGUGCCGGUCGAGCGCUGAGGAAUGCUUUCUUAUCCAAUGGCCAGGAUAACUGGAAAGCACAUAUUAAACUGGCAAGAAUCAUCAGGAGGACGUACAUUGGUCUGGAGCUGGUGGAAUGGCUGAUGGAUCGUUGUGAAUUUAUCCAGAACAGAGCAAUAGCUUCCAAAAUCUGGAACAUUCUCUUGGACAUGGGCAUUCUGCUUUCAGUGGAGCAGAACAAUGUGUUUGAGGACUCCAGGUCUUUGUACCAGUUCACCUUUGAGGAAUGUGAGGCCCAGAGCUGUGAUUUCAGAAAUCAGGUCAACUGGCUGAGUGCAGUACAUCUGCUGCUACAGCUGGUCCCAUGCGUGCAGCUUCGCGGUGGAACCCAGAAGCGCUAUAAAGAAGAUGCACAGAAACCAUCUGAUGUUUGUAAUCAAGUUCUUCAAAUGAGAGCUUUGGAGCAUCUCACCUCAACGGUGCAGAGUGAACUGUUGGCGGCUCUGGCUCGCAAGGCACAGACUAAAUCAAUGAUGGAGGAGAGCAGUCCACAGCACAAUACCAACACCCCAGGAUCCUCUCCCAGUCCUGCUGUGCGCAAGCAGGGCCCUGGGGUUGCUACACGCGAUAGAGAGGAUAUCAGCCGACUGGAGAUGGUCCAGAGACUGGCCAAGGAUGGAUGCCGCCUUCUACACAGCCCGCUCAGAGCUACCGAAAGGCCUGCUGAGCCCUCCAGUGACGCAGCAGUCCGUGUGUGUGAGAGAGAGCGGAGCCACGAGGUGCUGCUGCCUCAGAGGACGACGUCACCAAGAGCCCCCCCCUCCUCCUCCUCCUGGACCGGGAGGUACGCUGCUGUCCCUGCCGCCCCCGAAAAGGUUCUGGAGCAUCUGCUGGGCCACCUGAGGCUGGAUGAGGAGCAGAAGGGUCCACAGAGCAGAGAGACCGAGAAUCUGUUGGAUGACUUCCUGCUGACGUACCCUGUGUUCAUGUCCACCAGUGACCUUUGCCAAGCGCUACUUGGUCACUAUUGUUCAAAGAAAGGCAGGAUGAAAGAGGAGGCGAGAGACACUCUGCUUAGGAAACGAAAAGUGCUGCACCUGCUGUCCCAGUGGAGCUCGCUCUGCACAGACCUGCCGCGGGACGACGAGCACGCCAAACUAUUCCUCAAGACUCUGUACAGAUACGUCCUGGAUGAUCUCUAUGAGUUUCCCUCACUGGAAAAGGAUCUAAAGGAACUUCAGAAACUUCUUCGGAUGCAAAGGAGACACACGGUAGAUGAAUACUCUCCGCAGAGGAAGAAUAAGGCUCUCUUCCACCAGAUCAGUCUGAAGGAGAACUGGCACCCUGUGAGAGGAGCUCAGAGGGAGAAGAAGGAAGUGUUGUGUCGUGUGUACGUGACCAUGGACUCAUACGUGAGUGUGAGAACGCACAGCGAGGUGUCCGUGCAGGAGCUGUUGAGCACUGUGGCCGAAAGGCUCGACUGUGCUGAGGACGACAUGGUGCUGAUGGCCGUCACGUAUCCUGGAGAGAAGGUUCUGCUUCAGUCGGAUCAGUGUGUGUUCUCGUCUUCCAUCAGUGCCGCCGAGAGGCUGCACGUCUGCAGAAGAGACCUGACUGAGAUCAUGAGUCCCUUCACUGAUAACGGGCAGCAGCGUUCAGUAAAGAUGCUGAGCAUGAACACAUGGGAUGUAGCCGUGUCGCUCACCAACUGUGACUGGAGUCUCUUUAGUAACGUCCAUGAGCAAGAGCUGGUGUACUUUACUCUGAGCCGUGACACGAGCGCUGGCCACACGGUGGCGCUGGAGCAGCUGUUGCAGCGCUGCAAUGAGACCCAGCAGUGGGUGAUGACCGAAGUGCUCCUUUGCCCGACCCUCUGCAAACGUGUGCAGCUCUUCAAGAAAUACAUCAAGAUCGCAGCACACUGUAAAGCACAGAGGAACCUGAACUCAUUUUUUGCCAUUAUUAUGGGACUGAACAGCCCCGCCGUCAGUCGACUCACUCAGACAUGGGAGAAAGUCCCUGGGAAGUUCAGGAAGUUGUUCUCCGAGCUGGAGAGCCUGACGGACCCUUCUUUAAAUCACAAAGCCUACAGAGAUGCCUUCAGGAAGAUGAAGUCUCCCAAGAUCCCGUUCCUACCUCUGCUUCUGAAAGAUAUUACCUUCAUUCAUGAGGGCAACAAAACAUUUCUUGACAACCUGGUCAACUUUGAUAAACUACACAUGAUAGCAGACACAGUACGGAUUAUCAGGCAGUGUCGAACAGAUCACAUGGGAAACAUGUUGUCCCAGAAGGACAGUGUGGAAGUGAGAACCUACAUCAAUUACCUGCACGUCAUCGACAAUCAACAAACUCUGUUUGAGCUCUCACACAGACUUGAGCCCAGGACAUAAAACAACUCGAUACAUCCUAAAUCCACUACUGAAGACACAGAACAGCACCUUUCCUCUAACUGAAGACUGUGAUGAGUAAGUCCUCCACUAGGGGGAGACACACUCACACCAACCACACAGGAGUAUCGCACAGCCAAAGAAAUCUCAGCCAGUUUAACAAUGUGAAAGGAACAAAAAAGCUGACUCAUGCAAGACUGUGAAAUAGAAAAUUGGCUUAGAAUAGAAAUAGAAUAGAAUAGAAUAGAAACAGCAAGAAUCUACAGGACGGUUGUAACGGGAAACGUUACAGUACAGAACUUCAUGUUUAAAAUUCACAUGUUUUCACUACAGCACACUAGGGCAGAUUUUUGGUCAUUUUGAGUCAGUUUGCCACUGCAAAAUAUGAGUUUUACUAAUAAAUAAGAGCCGGGUGAUCAUAUAUGAGCAUAUAUGCAUAUAGGAGAAAAUAAUAGGCACAUCUUCAUCUUAGUCCAAUUAGUCUAAAAUUUGAGCUAUAUGCACAAAUCACAAAACUGUGAUGCUUUUUUAGAUCAUGGCCAACGAUUUGUAGACAAUCAGAAAAAUAUGGCAAGGCAGGACACUGUAAUUUAGGUGCAGAAUUGCUACCGAAAGUCUAGGUUAAUACAAUUAGUUAAACCUGCAUAGACUGUAAGGACAUUUUAAAAUAAUGUAUAUCUUUGAGGAAGAAAUUUAUUUCGCACACUUUCUCAUAAAUGCCAAAUUAUGGAUGUGUUUUAUUGGAAAGGCCCUACUGAAAAUAACACCACCUAGGUGCUCGAAGAAAGCAAAUGUAUAGAUUUCUUGUAUAAGUUGUACUUUGACUUGAAAUGUUGAGAUAUUUAUUACAGUUUUUCUCAGUCGCUUUGGUGCAUUUCUCACAACACUAUUUACAUUUGCACAACAUUUACUUCAACCUCCACAACAUUUAGUCAUUUGUGCACAUCAUAGUAGCAGUUUCUCAUUCCUUCCAACAAAUUGCAAAUGCUUUUGGACAUGCAUCAAUUGCUUUCAUACAACUCUCUGCUGUUUUAUAACAUUAUCAUUUGCUUAUGUCAUGUCAGUCAAAAUUAACUAAACUUGUGAAUGCUGAAUAGUCAUUCCAUAUAAAACUAAUAGUCCUCAUUUCAUUGCUUGAGUCAUUACAUACAAAAAUGUUGAACUAGUUGUCAAAAUCUGUCAAGCAAAUUUUAUAAAAAAUUUUAAAUCUUUUUUUUCCUGAAAAUGUCUUCUAAAUUGAACAAUUUCUGCAAAUGUGCAUGAAUGAUUUACAGACCUAUGUAUGUUGUAGGUUCAGUUCCAAUAUGUACUGCAAUAUUGUUUACAAUUGUGCACAGCUCUACCCAAAGGUAGUUUAUGUUUGUUGUAAAUAAGGGUGUAUUUAUUCGUUUGCACAAUGCUUUGAAUAAAUUAGAAUUGCAAAGAGCAUAUGCAGUAAAAAUGUGAAACAUACAUAUUCAGUGUCUUGUACUCAGAUACCUCACUAAAUACAGUAAUGUCUAGCUUUACUGUAGUUUUCAAAUGGCUGUGCAAAUAGUAUAUAGUGCUGUCUUGAGCAUUUUCAGGAAGUUUCACCAAAAUCUGACUUUUUUGCAUAGGAAAAAAUUUACAGAGUAAACUGUCAUAAUGAAAACAUGACAAAGCCAUUUGACUAUCUUGUUCAUAAACAAUGGUGUCAGGACUUUUCAUCUUGAUGACACUGACACUUUCAUUGACAUGAAUACUUGCUUUUGAGGAAUGAGCUAUCCAUUUUGAGCAAGUGACACGCUUUUGCAGGUUAUCAACUAGGUUUUGCAGUUUGUACUAAUUGUUUUGAGAAAUGCAUUAACUGUUGUGCAAAUGUAAAUAGUGUUGUGAGAAAUGCACCAAAGCGACUGAGAAAAACUGUAAACAACAGACUUGUCCCUGAUUUAGGAGGGAAGACAAAACAGGUUUUAAAUGCAAAGAAAAGAUGUAAUGUACUGUAAAUGUGAUCAGGUGGUCUGAAGGAUUUGGCAAUGAUGGCCAUUGAUGGACCAGUCUGAUAAUGCCUGUGAGGUUCACAAGUGAACUCUGUAAAUACUAAGACUUUUUUAAAAUAAAUAAUAAUAAUAAACAGGCCAUAAAGCAAUAGCAAGGUGUACAUCUCACCUUCAGAAAAAAAAAAUUAGCAGUGACUGACUGUAGCUGCUGUUUGCACUAGUUUUCUUCACUGAGAGCCUGACAUUAAAAAGGAAAAAAUAUAUAUAUAUCAGUCGACACUUGUCUAUUUUCUUGUUGCACCUAUGCUGUAAAAUUCAUCUUUUCUUAGUAUUUUACUUAUUUUUUUUAUAUGUUUGAAAAUGUUAAGUAAGCUAGUCACUUACCGCCACCUAGUGGUAGAAAUAGUACUGACACACAUUCUUGUUACACUGACUAUGUGAAAUGUUUAAAAAGAACAGUUUUAUUUUGUGUCUGUGACCAGACAACCCCGUUUUGGUGUCCUUUCCCCCACUGAAGCUGUCCCCAGAAAUGUCCCCGUUUUACAGUCUCCAAAUACACUGUUAAAAAUCCCCGUCAACACGACCUGCUGGUUAUGUGUUCUCAUAUUUAUUUUAUUGUUGUAAUGUUAUGAUGUAUGACAUAAACAGCUUUAAAUUGACAGCGUGAACCUUGCGUAUUGCCCAUGUAGUUUAGCUAAAAUCUCAGUGGCUAUGCGAACUAACAGUAUUCUCUUAGGAGGAAACUGGUAGUAACAAAAAUUGUCACCUAUUCCAACACAAUAUAUUCUAUUAUUUAGAAAAAUACUGUUUUAAUAAUGAGUUCCAGAAGGUUCACAUACAUUGUGUGAAUCUGUUAAAAGAUCUGUUAAAGUAUGAUGGUGUUUUAGUGCCACAUAAUAAAUAAAAUAAAAAUUUUAGAUUAAAAAAGUCAUAAUAUUUCAAAAAUAAAGUUGAAAUUACGAGAAUGAAGUCAAUAUUUUGGUAAUAAAGUCAAAAUAUUUCAAAAAUAAAGUUAUGAGAAUAAAGUCAAAAUGUUUAGAGAAUAAAGUCAAAAUAAUACGAGAAUAAAGUUGAAAUAAUACAAAAAUAAAGUUGAAAUAUUUAAAGUCAAAAUUAUGAGAAUAAAGUCAAAAUAAUACGAGAAUAAAGUUGAAAUAAUACAAAAAUAAAGUUGAAAUAUUUAAAGUCAAAAUUAUGAGAAUAAAGUCAAAAUAUUUUGGGAAUAAAAUUGAAAUAUUAAAAAAAAAAGUCAAAAUUACGAGAAUAAAGUCAAUAUUUUGGGAAUAAAGUUGAAAUAUUUCAAAAAUAAAGUCAAAAUUAUGAGACCUAAAGUCAAAAUGUUUCAAGAACAAAGUCAAAGAAUUUUGAGAGUAUGUUCUAGCCUAUUGCGCAUGCAAAUGACCCGGAUUGGGAGCACCGGGAGAUAUUCCAACGUCUCAGCUUUCAAAAUGUGUCAGUUUUAUAGCGAAAUACAAACAGUAUGUCUAUUACAAUAAUGUGUUUUUCACACUCUUUAAUGUGGCGACAGAUUGCUGUAUUCGCUUCAGUUUAAGCAGCAUGUAAAUCAUCUUUUAAUUACAGUGAGACAGUUUCAUUAAAUUAGGCUUUACUAUUUUUUCAUUCCUUCUUAUGUUCCUUCACGUUUAUAUUGUGUUAUAAACUUGAAAUAAAGAGGAAAAUCACAUUUAUAAUUUGUAUUUCGUAAAACUGAGAGAAUUGAAAAGCUGAGCUGUGUUAUAUUAAAAAACAACAAAGCACAAAAUUACUGUGAUUACUGUAUGACUGGCAUGCUACAAAUAAUGAAUGAAAGACGUUAAAUAUUAUAACGGCUUGUGAAUAGUCACUUAACUCAGAAAAGACAACAGAAGUUAUGUUAACGUUAACGACUUGGAGUCCACAUCAACAUUUAAAACAUUUUAUUGUUGUUUUUAAUUAAAUACAUACGAGGAAUGAAAGAUUGGAUGCCACAGAUGUUUUUGCAGAGUAGGUGGUGGAAUUUUCACAAAGAAAACAGUAUAAUUUAAUGAAACGACCCUGAUAACACAAAUACAUCUUGGAGACGUCUAUUUGACGUCUGCAUUAACAUCUGUAAGACAUAUUUUUUUGAGUGUUUUCUCAUCUUGCAAUACGUCUAUAGGACGUUUCCUAUCAGAUGUCAAAAAAACGUCUAUUAGAUGUCUUUAAGAUGUUUAUGAUUUAGAAUGUAUGCAAAACUGACAUCUUACAGACAUCUGUCAGAUGUUUGUACACAGCAGAUGCUUUCCAGAUAAAGUGAUCUUUAACAGACAUCUUGCAGAUGUACGUGUGCUAUCUGGAGAAUGUCUCAUUGUAAUCGAAAAGAUGACUGAUUCGAAUGAAUACAGCUAUCUGUCACACCACAUUAAAGAGCGUGAAAAUGUAUAUUAUUGCAAGACACAUUGCAAGUAUUUCACUAUGAAACUGACAGAUUUUGAAAGCUGAGACUUUGUUUAAUAUUAAAAGUACCAAAAACACAAAGCUUAUUGCUAUUAUUGGGUGGGUGGCGAACUACAAAUAGGCCUAAUGAAUGCAAUUGAAGACAUGAAAUAUUAUUCCUAAGCAUCUUGUCCCUACAAGUAUAACACAAGGUAUGAUUUCAUGCACAGGCUAUAUUCUCAAAAUAUUUUAAUUGCUACAAUUUAAUUCUUGUAAUUUUGAUUUUAUUCUUAAAACAUUUCGAAUUUAUUCUCAAAAUAUUUUGACUUUAUUCUCAAAAUAUUACGACUCAGAAUUUUAGUUUUUUUUUGUUUUUGUUUUUUUAACGUGGCACUAAAAAACUGUCAUAUGGGGGAUAGUCAAAGGGAUACUUCACCCCAAAAUAAAAUAUUCUGUCAUUAAUUACUCACCCUCAUGUCAUUCCAAACCAAGACUUUCGUUCAUCAUCAGAACACAAAUUUAGAUAUUUUUGAUGAAACCCUAAAGUGUUCUGACCCUGCAUAGACAGCAAUGUAAUUACCCACGUUCAUGGGCCAGAAAGGUAGUAAGAACAUUGUUAAAACAGUCCAUCUGUGUUUCGAAUAAAGGUCUUACGGGUUUGGAAUGACAAGAGGGUGAGCAAUUAAUUAUAGAAUUAUCCAUUUUUACACUUAUAAGUGUACAGUUCAUAGAAACCUCAAAGCUAAUAGGGAAUUCCACAAAACUCCUGUUUUGAUUUCACUGGGUUUCUAAAUCGUGACUUCUUAAUAAACUCCAGACCUCAUCAGUAAUAUUGAAUAUUCUCUGUUGCGUUCAUUGUAGCGUCUCAGCUGUCUCAGUGUGAACCGAGGAUGAAUUGUCUAAACAGUUAGAGAUCCAUCCUGUUCUGGGCCAUUAUUACCUGCUGUGAGGCCGCUGCUGGACUCACUGCGAGGGGAGGAACGGCUCCGCAGCUUGUGCUAACCUCUCAUUUCCCUCUCCGGGACAGAUGUAUCAUUUUCUUGUCUCCUGACAAGGUCUGCGUCAUAGCAAAGAACUAUACGGACAAUCCCAGACAAACAGCAGCAGAUGUUAUGUGUUUUGUCAUUUUGUACUGUGUACAAUUUUGCGUUUCAUACCUUCUGAAAUAACAUUGAACAAAAUCACAUUUGUUUAGUUCAGCAAUAUACUGUAGCUAGUUAUUAAAUCACAUCAAGGGACACAUGAGGGGAAAAAAUGGACAUGACCAAGCACAUCAUUCAGAGAUGAUAACAAAUUGGUUUCUGUCCCGACGUGAGAUGAAUCACGCUAUCUAUCUGUAUUCAGCAGGAGAGGAAGGUCAAACACACCUCAUUUGAAAAUCAGUAUCAGCCUGGUUCAUAAUCUACUGGGAGUCGCAUUGUAGCGGCACUGGAGGAGAUUGUGUCAUUCAGUCAACACUGAGCUGCCAAGAACAAGCUUUAAAUUUAAUUAAGCUAAUAACAACAACAUCAUUGCAUAGUGUUAACACUUACAAUACUUAUGACAAUAAGGGCAAGCUCUCUAUAGUAUACUCAUACUACUCCGCAUAAUGAGGGCUGCAUGAUUUGGAGAAAAUAUAAUUGUGAUUUUACUGAGGAAAAAAAAAAAAUCCAGGUUUGUUGUGCUUGCUUGUAGGGUUGCACAAUUUGGCCCCAAAUUUUGAUUAUGCAUCUAAAUGACAAUAAGGUAAAAACAAAACGUGUUAUGUUAUUAGCUUCUAAAUAAAAUAGUAAAAAGAAAAAAUGCUUUUGAAAUAUAUCACUGUGAAAUAAAAACAACAUUUAAGAAAAGUAAUAUAAUUAUAUAUAAUAAAUAUAAUUUUUAAACACUGAACCAUUAAGAUUUUGGUUUUAUUUCAGAUAAUCAUGCAGCCCUGCAUUAGACAAAAAUAUAACAUCUUAUUUGCAUUUAAUAAAAAAAAAAAAGUAAAAACGUUAGCUAAAAUUGUUUCGAUCAGCACAAUAAUACUUAUAUACAGUUGAGGUCAAAAGUUUACAUACACCUAGCAGAAUCAGAAAAAUUAUUUGUGCUAAUUAUUUAAGCAAAAUAACAGGAAUCAUACAAAAUGUAAGUUAUAUCUUUAUUUAGUACUGACCUAAAUAAGAUAUUUCACAUAAAAUAGGUUUACAUAUAGUCCACAAAAGAAAAUAAUAGCUGAAUUUAUAAAAAUAACCCCAUUCAAAAGUUUACAUACACCUGAUUUUUAACACUGUGUUGUUACCUGAAU